AUGGAUAAGCUGCGCAAAGAAGUUCGCGAGACUCUCGUCCAGAAACCCGGAGAACUGCCUCAUCGGUUCUUCCCAGCCAAUGCGGCGGCGUCCAAAAGUGAUUUAAGUCAGUUAUGGCAAGACAUCUCUUCUCAUGAUCACUCUACACAUCUGGAUAUAUGCGAGAGCAUUGUUACCGCGUUCAGUUAUAUCGAGUACUGGGAACCGCUGCUGCCAAACGAUGGAGGCGCCCGACCCUUGAACCCAGCGGAGGCCAAAGCCGUGAACAAUUUGUUUGAUUGGGCUAGUGCUCUUGCCCUGCCUUCAUCGGAAUUUGCAGUUGAUUUUGAUGAAACCGCCGAUAUCACGGACGAUAUCGUGAAGGCCCAAAGCGACGCCCGUUUCAGGUGUGAGCUGGCCAUUGAACUUCUCCUGAUGUUGAACAAAACUUUGUACGGCAUGCCAACUAGAAAACCACACAAUGUGGCGGAUGUCCUACUUGCAGGGGCAUCUGUUGCCAAUAAGCAAGACCCAUGGGUCACAUCUGAGAGCCACGAUGCAGCGUCGAUGUUUAUGAAUGUCUUCAUCCAGGACACUCGUCUGAGCAACAAAUUCUGGCCUGCUAUUGAAUCCAUCCUCAAAGACAGAAUUAGGCCUCUUUUUGCAAAAAUAAAGAAUCCAGCCAUCACCAGUGCCGGCCGCAAGAACUUCCAUCCUCAGGCUUUGCCUCGUUUUGGUGCGAGCGAUUUGGAUCAAUCAGCUAAGCCUUGGAAGACCACCGAUAUCUAUGUCGCAUCCGUGCUAUCAUGGAUCAUCUCGCAAUACAAGGCCGAGGAUAAGGCACAAUUCGAAGCGCACUUCCCACUGCUUGUACCAACUAUACUAGCAAUGAUUGAUGAUAACAACCUCCCAUUCAAAUCGAAAGGCUGCGCCCUACUCACUCAACUCCUGCGCCCGAUCCAAGAGAGCGGCUCGGAUAUUCUCCGACGAACAAACCUCACAUCUGUCUUCGAAGACGCCGUCACUCCAUGUCUCCUUUCUCUCCCAUCCAUCACACCCGAAGAUAGAUCCCUAGACAUACUCGGAGAAGCAUACCCGGCUCUCCUCUCCACUUUCAGAACAGCCUACAAGGGUCCUCUGCAAUCUGAAAAGGAUAAAGAAGCUUAUACAACCAGCCUCGUCAAACUCCUGCGAUCAAACCUCAUCUCCUCAUUCCACCAUGUCAGCUCCAGCACCCCGGCCUCUGGCUCAGCGACGGCUUCUUUCCCACACCCCCGCCUCUCAACUUUCCUCCUGGAAAAAAUGUCAGUUAUCAUCAACGAGCUGGGAAUUCACGCAACGAAAUACCUUCAAGAACUUAUUCCAGUCCUCUACACCACACUCUCAAAUCCCUUCGGAACCGCACACCCCCCUCUUCUCCUAGCUGCAGCAACAACCACACAAGCGGUGAUCAAGAACGCGCACCCACGUAUCUGGCGCUGGCGUGGUGAGGUCCUCAGCGGACUGAGCUCAUGCUGGCUCCAUGUUGCUGAAGAUACCAGCGACUCUGUGACUGAACUGGCCAAGUUGAAGCGCGAGUUACAACAAACGCUCCAAAUUCUGAAGCAUGUUUUGCAGAACCCUGUUCCCAUAGCGGCUGGUGUGCCAGAGCCGGAGCAACUGCAGGCAAAGGAAACGAUGCAGCAGGAGCUCCAGGAGCUCGCCGACGCGGAUGCAGAGCUGAAGGGUCUUUUUGCUUGA